AUGGAGUCAGAUCAUCACGGAAAAUUGAAUGGGAUGGGGGUAUUGAACGGAAAAGAUGACUAUGCAAUCAGCAUUGACCCCAUUACACUUACUGUGAACGAAUGCAUGAUCAUGGUAUCGGCCAUGAGGCGAUCCAACAGGUGGUCGUCUGGUGGGGUUUCUUCAUUGUUCAAUGCUGGUGAGCUUUUUGGAACCAAUGACGAUGACGAUACAUUUUCAGAUAGUUUGGAUAUCUCGUCCAUUUUGAAUAAUCAUAGCUCAAGUAAUGACAAGAGUAAUGAGUCCAACAAUGUUGGUGGGAGUUUCAAUAAGCACUUGCAGGGCAAUCCUUUACUUUCGUCCUUUCUACAGUUGCGUUCGAUUCUUUUGGAGUCGCAGAAUGUUUUUGACAUUGACAGCUUGACCAUCCUACAACCAUUCUUGCUAGUCAUCAAGUCAUCGUCAACGUCUGGGUUUGUCACUGGACUUGCUUUGAACGCAGUCUCGAAAUUUAUCACCUAUGGUGUCGUAUCAACAAGGUCAAAAAAUUUGCAAACUUCUUUGAUUCAAAUCGUGUCUUCACUAACUCAUUGCCGGUUUGAAGCAGCAGAACAAAGCGCUGAUGAUGCUGUUUUGUUGAGAGUUUUGCGCUUGUUAGAGAAGCUUAUGGAGAGCCCUCUCGCUUAUUUACUUGCAGAUGACAGCGUGUCUGAAAUUGUUCAAACCUCCUUAUCUUUGGCCUGCAACAAGAAGAGAAGUGAAGUGUUGAGAAGAGGAGCAGAGAUGUCGUUGGCCUCGAUCACUGUUGUUAUAUUCAGAAAGCUUAGAGAGAUUGAACCUGACAAGGAGAUUGCCAUUGAUCUUCAAACAAACUUUACUGACACAAAACUUCCAGAAGAUACAAUCGGGGGUACUCUUGCUGAGAAUCUACAAGCAAAUGUCUCUCAGGAGCAAUUUGCCGUCAAUAAGGAUCCACAAGAAGAACAAGCAUUUGAAAACAAGUUGGAGCCCUCAUUUGGAAUCAAAUGCAUCAACGAAUUCCUUGGAAUAUUGGUGUCAAUAAUAUCCCCUUCCAACCAGUAUCAGCAUAUGGAGAGUACAAGGGUGUUUGCAUUGUCGCUAAUCAAUACGGCUGUUGAAGUUGCUGGGUCUCAAAUAUCGAAGCAUUUGUCUUUGCUAACAAUGAUUGCGGAUCCUGUUUCGAAGCAUGUAUUACAAAUUAUAACCACUACCGAGUCAUUGGCGUUGUUGAAACCUGCUCUUCAAUUAUUUUCCACGAUAUCGAUUGUUUUGGGAAACGAAUUGAGGCCACAAUUUGAGCUCUCGAUGAUAUUGAUUUCAAGGUCUAUUUUACCAAGGCAAAGUAAGAGAAAAGGAGAUCAAACAAAAGGAGAUAACCUUCAAACUAGAUCGCCGGUCUCGAGGGAACUACUCUUGGAGUCUUUGAGCUUGCUAUGGUCUCGCAGUCCCACAUUUUUUACUGAGCUAUACGUUGAUUUUGAUUGCGAUUUUGACAAGUCGAAUCUUGCAGUGGAUACCAUCAAGUUCCUCUGUCAAUUAUCGUUACCCGAGUCGGCACUUAAUACAACAGUCAAUGUUCCGCCAUUGUGUUUAGAAGGAGUCUUGCAUUUCCUCAAUGGAGUGAGUGAAAGGUCGAAAACGUUUCGCCAUGCUGAAAAACCAGCUUCCGCAAACACUCGACUUGACAAGAAGCAAAAGAAAAGUGCAUUUAUUGAGUGUACUGAGGUCAUUAAUAAGAAACCCAAGGAUGGCAUUAAGCGUUUAGUCAGUGAGAGUUUUAUUAGCGACGAAAAUGAUGUCGGCGAAGUUGCUAAUUUCUUCUUUACAAAAGCAGGAAGAUUAGACAAAAAAAUGUUGGGAGAGUUCUUAGCUAAGCCUUCGAACUCUGAUCUACUCAAGCAUUUUAUUGGCUUGUUUGAUUUUGAGGGUUUGAGAGUCGAUGAAGCUCUUCGAGUCUUGUUGAAAACAUUCAGACUUCCUGGAGAGUCUCAGCAAAUCGAACGGAUUGUUGAAUCAUUUGCUCAGACUUACGUUGCUUGUCAGAAGGAUGGUUUGCGUGAAAACAGGCCUCCCCAGUUUGUUGACGCUGAAGGAGUAGAUGUGGAAGAAGACAAGUCAGAAGUGGUGAAACCAGAUAAAGAUUCUGUCUUUAUCUUAUCUUAUUCCAUUAUUAUGUUAAACACUGAUUUGCACAAUCCACAAGUUAAGCGCCAGAUGCUCUUGGAUGACUAUAAGCGGAACUUAAGAGGCACUUAUAACGGUACAGAUUUUCCAGAAUGGUACCUUGCGAAAAUCUAUCUGUCCAUAAAGGACCGAGAAAUCAUUAUGCCGGAAGAGCACCACGGCACCGAGAAGUGGUUUGAUGACGUUUGGCACAACUUGAUUUCAACUCAAGAUUUCACACAAAGCACACAUGAAAUCUUGGAAAGCUCCUCCGUCUGCGAGUUUGACAAGGAACUAUUUAAAUCAGUAUUCACGGAUAUAGUUGACAUGAUCUUGACCAUCUAUAAAGGGGCCUCGGAUGAUCACGUGUUGACGAGAUUGAUGUCUUCAUUGGACAAGAUAUUCAACAUCUGCCUAGCAUACGGUAUGGAAGAAGAACUUGAUGGUUUAACUUACAGACUAAUUGAGAUGUCCAAUCUAACAAAAACAAAGUUGCAGAAAGUGUAUGUGGAUGAUAACAUUCGUCCUGAAAUUCCCAUCACUCAAAUCAAAAUUGAGGGUAGAAAAGGUGACUUGUAUGUUAGUGAGUUAUCAGUGUGGUUCGGACGUAACUUUAAGGCGCAAUUGGCAGCGGUUAUGUUAUUUAGAUUGAUAAAAAAGACCAAUUGCAAGAUCACUAAAUCAUGGGACAAGAUUAUUGAGAUUUUUAUGAACUUGUUCGAGAAUUGUUUGAUUGAGCCGAAUAUGUUUACCGAAUUCCAGAGAAAGAUUCAACUUGGGCCUUUACCAAAGGUGCCACCAAUCUUUGCGAUCAAAAAGGCAAAAGCUUUAAACAAUUCAGGUCUUUUGUCAACCUUCUCAUCUUUUCUAAAAGGGUACUCUGACGAUCCACCUGAGCCCACCGACAUCGAAAUCGAAUCUACAAUCUCAACUAUGGACUGCUUAAAGUCGCUUAAUGUUUCGAACGUAUUCUCAAUCAUGUCAAAGAGCGGGCAGGCAAAUUUGGAAAAAUUUAUAAACUUGUUGCUUGCGUCACUUCCAAACUACUCAGAAGAAGUCAAGCGAGUUUACGAGUCAGAGACUUUGUUUAUUCUUGAGACAUGUGUUUGCUUUUCGUUGUUGUUGAAUGAUGAGCGUUUACUGCAUGUUGUUUUGAGCAAACUCAAAAACCAUCAGUUGAGUGGCCUUGGUGAGUUGAGAUUGAUUGCGUACAAGUUGCUUUUGCUAAGAUACUGUGAGGAUGAAACAGAGUUGAUUGCCACUGUAACACGUGCUGGUUCUAUUGAUAGGGAUCUUGCAAGCAAGUACGGAACCCAGAUUGUGCAGCCAUUGAUGUCAUUGACUGAUGAAGAUUCCUGGUGCUGCAAGAUCUUGCUCAAGGAGGAGUCAUACUGGAACACCAUGCGAUUCUAUGGGUCGUUGCAGGCCCAUGCAUUUGAUAUAGUACCCUUUCUCGAUGCGCUCAUCAAGAGUUCAGAGCAAGAAAUCACCCCUGAAAAUUUCCUUCCUAUUUUGGGACUUUUGGAUGAAAUCUCUUCAUUGGGUGCCAUUGGAUCACAGUAUGAAUGUGAAAACGCGGCUUCGGCAGCCAAAAGUGGUGAUGAUCUGUACUAUAGGGAAGUCAUUACCCUUUCGAAAAAUUCGAUUGACUUGACUUCCACUUUAGCGGCGAUGCUGAAGGGGGACAGCUUUCAAAAGCGGGAUUUGUUUUACUCUGCAGUACAAGCAUUGGCACACCAGUGUUUUAACCCAUGCAAAGAAGUGAGAGAGUAUUCCGUAAAGGCUCUCUCCACCACGGUAUUGUCCUUUGAUGUUGAUCGUAAAGAAGCAUUCAAUGGUAUUUUUGAAUGCGGACUUUUCCCCUUGCUAGCAGAGCUAACCAAGCCUGAGGUUUUCCAAGGAGGUGUAAAUGGGUUUGAUAAAACGUACAGUGAGAUUUUUCGUCUUCUUUGCAAAGUGUUUUUGAAGCAGGUUGACGACUUGGAUGUUGAAACUACUGGGAAGGUGUGGACCGAUCUUUUGGGUGGUGUUGAGAAGUUCCACUCUGCCAAUUCAAAGUUUUUGACACCCGAGUUGACCGAAUCUACAUCAGAAAGUUUGAAGAACUUGUUGUUGGUGUUGCAAACGAAUGGGUUCUUGUCUGAGAAGAAUCCUGAGAUUGUUGAAACCACUACAGAGAAGGUGGAGAAAUUGUUUCCGCAUUUGAUUGGAGAGUUGCAUGUGCAACCAGAAAAGAGGGCUAGUGGAGAACCGCAUGCGCAACCAGAACAAGAAGUUAGUGCAACUGAUGAUUGA